GGCGGCGGCGGCGGCGGCGGCGGCGCAGCGAAGCUGCCGAAUCCCCGGGGUUGGUGCGACAGCUGCGGCCAUGGCUCACGAAGGCUCGAGGCAGGAGAGACAGAUCCGGGACCGUGGGGCGACCCGAUCCAAGGCAGAAAAGGUGCGGCCUCCUACGGUGCAGGUGCCACAGGUGGACAUCGUGCCUGGGCGGCUCACGGAGGCUGAAUGGAUGGCGCUCAUGGCUCUCCAGGAGGGAGAGGAUGUUGUGGGGGACAUCUUGGCUGAUCUGCUGGCCCGAGUCAUGGACUCUGCCUUCAAAGUCUACUUGACCCAGCAGUGCAUUCCAUUCACCAUUAGUCAGGCCCGGGAGGCCAUGCUGCAGAUCACUGAGUGGCGCUUCCUGGCCAGGGAUGAGGGGGAAUCAGCCGUGGUGGAGGACCCCAUGUGGUGCGAGGACGAGGAGCCCUUGGCAUGCACUACGGAUGCCUGGGCUCAGGGAUCGGUGCCUGUGCUGCAUGCACCCACCUCCAUGGGGCUGGAGGAGACCUUCCAAGGCGAAGACCAAGGGAGCGUGGACCAGAUCUCCUUAGGAAGACCAUGGAUGGAGAGAGGCUCUCAGAAGCAGAUGGAACCUUGGGAGCCUUCUCCAGAGCUGGGAGUCACUUCUGGCCCCCCGCCUACCCCAGAGCUGUUUCAGGAGACAGGGUCCAGGAGUCUUUUAGGGGACUCAGCUGUCCAGUCCAGAGACCACCAGGCUUUGGUGGAGCCCUUGAAUGUAAGCCGCCAACCAUCGGUGGAGAUGGCUCCCGAUGGCAGUCCCCACUCUUCUCUGGAGCUGUCUCAGGUAGCCAGCACCCAGAUCUUGGCCCAGAGGGCACAGCCCCGCAGCUCGCAGUUGUCACUGGAGGGCCUCUAUUAUUGCACGUCCCAGCCACACGUAGCUGGGGACAGGCUGAAGCUCAAGAAGGAGGACGUGCCCCACAUCGACUCGGGCGUGUCGGUGGCCAGCCUCUCCACCAGUGUCCCCAUAACGCUCGGCCCCUCCGCCCAAUUAGAGCCACAGCAGCCUCGGUUCCCGGAUGUUCCCCUGAGCAAGCUUCACUACAGGAUGGGCCGCAAGGCCGGGUCUCGUCUGGACCCCAUGCGCCUGCCGCGCCAUUGGGUGCGCCCGUUGGCCGAGGUUCUGGUUCCAGACUCGGAGGCACGAUCCCUGGAAGCCUACCGCGGGCGCCAGAGGGGUGCGAGGACCGAGGCUCCCGAGGCUCCCGCCAGGCCUCUAACACCAGGACCCCGUAUUGGUGUCUCCCCGAAAGUUUUCUUCUCUUUCCCACCUAGCGCUCCUUUCCGUGCCUUGGGCCCGGGCCCUGGCCUCCAAUCCCCCCCUUUUAGCUUAGGCCUACCAUCGCCAGGCUUUGGGUCAAAGUUGCCCUUUCCCAAACCUGGCCUUGGCUUUCUUGCCUCGCAUCCAGCCCUCCCUGAUCUGGCCCAGAGCCCCAGGCCCAAACUGUGGCCGGGUGCCAAAUGGCCCUGUGGCUGGGAGGGGGAGGCUGAGUUGCUGAGGGACAUGUGGGCCGGCCGCAGCCGCUUAAAUCCGCAGGGCCUGGAUCCCAGGGACCAGGAGGGUCAGGGUCCUCACAGGUGCCCACAUUCGGCACCCCAAGUCCUUGAGGCCACGUCGCAGGUGAUGUGGAAGCCCAUGUUGCUGCCAGACGCAAUGAAACUGGCUCCUGGUGUGAGCAUGUGGAACCCAAACACCCAGGUGCUGCUCAGAUCAGCAGUACCCCAGCAGGAGGACAAAGAAAGUGGCACAUCUCCUCCCGUUGAGCAGCACCCCAUCCCGACAGGUGCCCCAAAGCCUCAGGUGACCAUGAGACAACUAAUGAAGAACCCAACCCCCAAAGUGUGGUCAUUCCUCUCCAAGCACCUGCCCUAUUCUGGGCUGUGAAGCUCAGGCAGUACUUUCUGCUUGCCAGAAUAAACACCUGAAUUGCCUUAAGAGUUGGUCUGAUGUCUCUGUCAGUUUCUUUCAAGGAUACUUACUCAGGAGCAGUUGUCCUGUAGUCCUAGAAGAAUACAGAACUCUGGUCCCAAGGAAUAACCCCAUUUCCACUCUUAGGAGACCCUGCAUUAGGGUAGCUGUUGCUCCCCAGCAGAGGCGUUCUGGAGAACCGCCCCCCACUCCACAAAGGAGUAGACAUAAAGGCUGCAAGUGGGGUCUGCUUCAGUUAGAAUCAGAGUCUCCUUGCAGUAGAGGCGUAAGGGGAUGUCCCUGCUUAAGCACACGUUGAUUAAAGACAAAAUUUGAUAUCCUGCUUCUCCAAUUCCUGGAGUUUAUCAAUUCACUUUAGGGCGCAAAUCCAAGUUUCACUUGGAGACAACUAUGAGCCUACACAGGGCUCGGAGAAGCACUGACUUUGAGCCAGAGAUAGCAGUGAGGCAAUCAAGUGUCCAAGGCAUGCAAUUUAAGGUGGAAUUCACUCCCAAGCUCAAAUAGGGUGCUUCAAAAAAUCUGAGAGUGAGUAGCCUCUUUAAAAUUUGUGUCCCUAGGCACCACACCGCCUGAUUGCUAAUCUCCACUUAGCUUUGGCUAGCUCCUCCCCAACUUACCUGCACUGUAGCCCAGCUCUUCUGGUGGCAGACCAGCAAGUCUUUGCUAUGUUGCAGUGGUCUCUACUUGGCACCCUGGUCUGGAGCCCUGGCUCUGUUCUGCUUAUUCUAGUCCUGCUUAGACUAAGUGUGCGGCUCUGGCAUGAAUCUUAUCUUUGGGACCUCCGACAGUGCUCCACAGACCUAACUGGGAAGACAGCAGUCGUGACUGGAGCCAAUAGUGGCAUCGGAAAGGCUGUAUGCCAGGAACUAGCUCGUCGUGGGGCCCGUGUGAUCCUCGCCUGCCGUAACUGGGAGCGUGGACAGAAAGCCCUUGCCGAGAUCCAAGUAGCCUCAAAGGGGACCUGCCUCCUGCUUGGCCAGGUGGACUUGAGCUCUAUGGCCUCCAUCCGGAGCUUUGCCCGGUGGCUUCUGCAGGAGUACCCCGAGAUACAUCUACUGGUUAACAAUGCUGCAAUCUCUGGAUUCCCCAAGACACUUACCCCAGAGGGCCUUGAUCUCACCUUUGCCACCAACUAUGUUGGGCCCUUUCUGCUUACAAAUCUACUCCAAGGGGCCCUACAACGGGCAGGGUCAGCUCGGGUAGUGAAUGUGUCUUCCUUUCGGCAUGCACAUGGGUAUGUUGAUGAGAAACAUCUGACAGGGGCUGGCAAACCUUUGAACUUAAUCCAGAGCUAUGACUGCAGCAAACUGCUCUUGACCUCCUUCACUGGGGAGCUUGCCCGAAGACUUCAAGGGACAGGUGUGACUGUGAACUCUGUUGACCCAGGUGUGGUAUACACAGAGAUCAUGAAGCCUUACCCUUGGUUGUACCGCUUCCUUUUCUGGCUCUUCAGCUUCUUCUGUAAGGAUGUCAAACAAGGUGCAAUCCCAGUCCUCUACCUGAGCUUGGCAAAGGAGCUGGAUGGUGUUUCUGGAAAAUAUUUUAGCAGUUCCUGUAUGAUAACUCUCCCCACUGAAGCUGCUCAGGAUCCUCAAGUGGCCCAAAGCCUCUGGAAUGCCUCAGUCCAGCUAACGAACCUAGACAAGAUGGACUGAUCCUCUGUGACCCCUACCCUAAUAUACCAUCCUCUCUGACUCCCAGCCCUUUCUCUGAUCAUGCCUUUUGUUUACUAGCUUCAAGCAUCAAUCAUCAUGUUUGGUAUAACAAACACUUCCUCUUCCUGUUGGCUCACUGGCACGAGAGCUCAGAUUUGCCAGAGGAUAGUUUUAGCUCCUACUUUACUGCCAGUUCUCUGAUGGAACUCUUUAUCCCUUGGCUACUAGGAUCUCCAAACCUACAGAGUCCCACGCUGUGAUUGACAGGGAGAAAACUCCUUCCAGUGGGAAUUAGGGGUACCAGUAAGAAGGGAGACCUCCACCUGUACCUGUUGGUUUCUGCAUGUGUGCUUCCUGGUUUCGGGGUAGACAGCACCACAGAGUGCUCUCUUGAUUAAAGCAUAUACCACAUCCCAUAGGAUAGCAUUCAGACCUCACAGUGUGGUUUCCCAACUGAUACUGUGCCUGAGCCUGCAGAUGAUCAUUCCACCUUCCCAUCAAAUCAGCUGCUCCUGGGGGAUGAGCCAAGCAACAAGAUCAGUGAAUUCCAGUUCUGGGAGCCCAUCAUUUUUCUCCCAAGGUCUUUGUUCAUCUAGAUAUAUGUUGGGAUCAGCUUUUCAAAUUUCACGCACACAUGAACCCUUCUCUGGUUCCAUGACAUCUACUUGGGAGGAUUGACGUUUUUAUGAUAUUGAGUUUUCCUAACCUCAAACAAGGUUGCUCCUAUCUAUUUAACUCUUUUUAAUAUCUUUGCAGAAUUUUUAUGAUUUUAUCUGUAAAUAUCUUAUACUAGUUUUACUAUAUUUAAUUCAGGUACCUUCAUUUUGAUGCUAUUAUAAGUGGUGCUUUAACCUUCGUGUGCUGAUUGUUUAUUAAAUGACUAUUAUAAGUUAUCUAAUUUUAAUGAAUUAUCUGUAGGUAUUUUUGGUUUUUCUACAUAGAAAAAUCACACUAAGAAAAAUAACAGUUUUAGUUCUUCCUUUUCCACUGUUCUUUUAUUUCUUUUUCUAGAAGACCUUUAUAGAUUUUCUAGUACCUUGCAUUUCUGAAAUAAACCCAAUAAACCACCUUGCAUUUUUGGUCA